UGCUGACUGCACAGCUCAGUCGAGCGGGGGAUCCGCCGGCCAGCCGGGAUGUUCGCUCUCUGGCUCAGCCUGUCCUGCCUGCUGACCCAGUCGUCCGGCUCGCCCCCCUCCGGCGGCGGGGAACCCGGGGUCUCCAACGCCGUCUGCGGGCCCGACUCGUGCUACACCGUCCACCUGCGGCGCCUCUCCUUCACCCAGGCGUGGCGGGCGUGCCGGGAGACCGGAGGCAACCUGGCCAGCGUGAGGCGGAGAGCCGAGGCGGCGCUGGUCGAAGAGUUGGUUCGGGGCUUGGAGCUGCCGGGCCGGGGGAAGGCGCUGAAACUGUGGCUCGGUCUCCAGCGGCAGCCCCGCCAGUGCGCUCCCCGCAAGCCGUUGCGGGGCUUCACCUGGACAACCGGGGACCAGGAUACCCGCUUUACCAACUGGCUGUGGGACGGGGCGGGCGAAGGGGAAGAAGGGGGGAUCUCCUGCCCGGCCGCCCGCUGCGUUGCACUGACUUACGGCGCCGGGGACGCGACGGACUUCAAGUGGGUGGAGGGUUCGUGCCGGCUCUCGGUGGACGGCUACCUCUGCCGCUACACCUUCCGCGGGAUGUGCCCGCCGCUGGAGGCGAACGCACCGGUCACGUACACCGCCCCGUUCGGCUUAACCUCGUCCAGCCUGCGCUGGGCUCCCUUCGGCUCGGUGGCCACCGUGCGCUGCUCCCCUCCCCGGGCUCCCGUCUCCGUCCUCUGCAAAGCGAGGGAGGGCGGGGUGGGCUGGUCCCGGGAUCCCCCUUACUGCCGGAAUCCCGGGGUGGGGAAGGGCGGCGGGUGCGCCGCGGGCGGCGGUAACGGGGGCUGCGAGCAACUGUGCACGGAGAGCGGGUCGUCGUACCGCUGCGGCUGCCGGGCGGGCUUCGAGUUGGCGCCGGACGGUCGGUCGUGCCUGGACAUGGACGAGUGCGCGCUGGAGCCGUGCCCUCAGCUCUGCGCCAACGUCCCGGGCUCGUACACGUGCCUCUGCGCCCCGGGUUACCGGCUGGAAGGGGGCGAGUGCCGGGACUUGGACGAGUGCGCGCUGGGACAGUGCCCGCAGCUGUGCGCUAACGCUCCGGGAUCCUUCCAGUGCUACUGCCGGGUGGGCUACCGGCUGGAGCGCGAUGAGGGGGGCGUCGCUUAUUGCCAAGACGUGGAUGAGUGCCAGUUCGAGGGCAGCUGCCAGCAGAUGUGCGUCAACUACUUGGGGCACUUCGAAUGUCAUUGCCGGGAGGGCUUCGUCCUGGAGCCGGACGGGUUCUCCUGCCUGCCCGAAACUGGGCGCGCCACCCUCCCCUCCUUCCCGACCGGGACCAUGGACGGGCUGGACCUGUGGCGGGAGGGAGAAGGGGACGGGUGGCGGGGGGUCCCGUCAGCUUCUGGGGAGACGUGGUCACCUCCUGCCCGGUCGUCGAGGCAGCCCCUUCCCCUGGCCACUUGGGAGCCAGUAGGGACGGGACGAUCUCCUGCCAUGUCUACCGGGGAACCGGCGGAGGCGGGAUCACUCCCUGACCAGUCUACAGGGGAGCCCGGGGAGAUGGGACACCCUCCUCCCCUAUCUACAGGGCAACCCAAGGUGACGGGCCCAACCAUUUUCACAUCUACAGGACAACCCACGGAGAAUGGCCAGUUCAGUCCCAUCUCCACGGGACUACCCGAGAUAUAUGGCCAACACAUUCCCGACUCGAUGGAAAAAUCCGGUCCCAAGUCUCCAUGGGAACAGGCAGAGUUGGAACAACCCCUUCCUCAGUCUACAACCCCCGCCCGGGCGACAGAGGCACCGCUGCGGGCGGGACCCCUCCUCACUCUCAGCAGCGCCCAUCCCGCAGAGCACCCCAGCCCGGCCAGCGGAGCGGCUGGGGAGGGGGUCCGGCAGGUGAACGUAAGCAACGGACAGAUCGACCGGUGGCUGCUGAUCGCGCUCCUGGUUCCGGUCUGUGUCUUCGGCGUGGUGAUGCUGGCCCUGGGCGUCGCCUACUGCAGCCGCGGUGCCUGCGGACAGGCGCGCACCGUCACCGACUGCUACCGCUGGGUCCACGGCGCCCCCAAGGUCCCGGACCCCAUCACCGGCUCCGCCAACGUCGACAGCACCGUCUCCGUCGCUGAGGCACCGGGGGCCGCGCCCGCGGGGUCCGCUUGGCGCACGGGUGUCAGCUCUCUCUGAACGGAACAGCCGGAGCCUCUGGACCGCCGCUGGACCCUCUCAGCUGACACACGAAGCUCGCUGGCGAUGGGCGGAGGGACGAAUCAGAGGAACACCGCCCCCUCGAAGGACGGACAAAGAGCAAUUUCUUCUUCCACCGGUGGCCAACCCCCGCCCCACCCCGCAGACUCUUAUUGACUCUUCGUUGUACUACGAUGGACGUUGGCCAGCGGGAUUGGACUUGCCCGAAGGCUGUCGAGAUCCUUCCUCUGCGGUGGCGACUGGACCCUCUGCCCUUCCCUUCUCCAUUGCCCAUCGCGGCCAUCCAUCGCCAUCGGCAACAAUGGGACAUUUCCAAGAUGGCGCCGGGGAGGGCAGAGGUCACGGAUUCAUGAGCUGACCUCCCAUUGGCCGGCCUGCUCAGGCCCACCAGUCCCUUGAGUGGCCAAGGAGGGGGCAGGGUGAGGAAAGGAGGUGGGGGAGCACAAGGAGGUAAAAAGGGGCAAGGGAUGGAGGGAUGAGGAGGGGAAUUGUGGAGAUGGAGAAGUACAGAAAGGGUGGGGCCCGAUAAGGAAGUUCAAUGAUUUUCUUGAAUCCAUGGGUCAUCAAACUUUCCUAGUUCCCCACCCAUGGGGUAUGUGGAGGUAUAUUUGGGGAGUGGCGUUUCCUGUCCCCCCUCCUCCAACCAUUGAGGGCAUUCAGAAGGAGGGUGGAUUGAUAGUUCAGGGGAAGCCUAUGGAGGGAGCAAAAGUGUGCACAGCAAGAUUCCACAAGCCGGGAUCAUGGUUUCACUGGCGUUGGGACGGGAAACAAA